GUUCAGAAAUCCUCACAUUUGAUCCUAUGGUCUCCAUUACUCCUUACAAACCUAGGUUCUUACAAGUACUAGUACUAGUAUAAAAGAUGAGUCUAACUGAUGAAUUGAGAUUGAGAAGGGGAGUCAGAGUUGAAAUUAUCUUUCUCUGCUAUUCCUUUACUUCCUCACACGCACACUCCUUUGUCUUAGACUAAAUUCUGCCCCUGAGAGCUGCAAACCAUAAGUUUAUUGUGCAGAUAAUUAUUCCAUUAAAAAAUGAAGAAGAAAAAGAAGAAAAACAUGCAAAGAACUUUUUGUCGUAGUUUGAAUUGAUGGAAUUGGGAAAAAAGAGAUUUGAGAGAAAUACCCUUUUUCUUGUAAAAGGAUGUCCCAGUAGGAGGAAUGCUUGCUUAGCUUGAGGAAAUGAUGGGCCAACCGUAGGGGGCGCAUCCCAUAUGCGUUAAAAGUUGCAAACUAUUGUGACAGACAUGACUGCAUCCUGCCCAUCUCUUCCAUCAUGCGUUUCAUUACUUCUCUUUCCUCCUUCACAUGGUCUAUUUCCGUCCUCAUCCUUUCCAUUGUCUCCCGGUCCUGUGCUUGUUUUUCAACAAGGUCAGAUAUCAUCAAACUCAUAUAUGAAUUCUUUGUUGGCCCUCGUUUUCUAUAGGUAAAUCCAAUAUCCUCUAGGUUGACCUGUGACCUAAUCUCGAGCAUGAAGUUGCUAUGACAUCCCCCAAUAGCAUUUGCCCAUGCAUCAUUAUCUCUUGGCGGGCAUGAAGUUGAGUCUGACCCAUGUGUAAUGGAGCACUCAGCUACAUAUGUAUCCUACAAAAGUAGUGCACAAAAAUACAUGAUCCAUAAGUGCCAAUUUAGGAAUGAUUUAUGCAUGUAACAAUGCUGAAAUAUGUAACCAUUUGUAUUAACGUGCUGAAUUUGAUUUCAAACCUAGCAAGCGUUAGGUUUUGUUUCCAACCCAAUUGCAGUUGGAUCGAAGGAUCUAUUGAUUUCUAUAUGUUGGUUUGUUGUGAUUCUCGGAUUUAAUAUUAGGAAAUGUUAGGGUUUGCAGAAGGUGAAAGGAAAGGGAGAGGAAGAAGAAAGGGGACAAAGAAAAACAAAGAAAGAAAAAAAAAAAUUUUUUUAAGCAACAAGCAAACCCUGAGGGUCGUCCACCAACAUAUCCUGAGGUCUACACCAGUAGAAGGCAGCACAAAGGAAAAGGAAAAGACCAACUACCUGUAUAUUGUAAUGAUGAGGCUCAAGAAAUUGGAGAAAAAUUAACAGCUGAAUAUGCUACUAGACAAGAAGAAGAAGGAUUUGACCCUACAAUACCUCAUGGUGAGAUAUUACUUAGGGCAACUGGUGGGGUCAAGAAAGGAUGGCUGAAAGGUUUGGAUAUUCACACACAUCCACAGGAUAUAAGUGUGAGUACAUCUAGACGAGAAUCAUUCAGACCACCUAUUAUAAGACAGUCUAAUAGGGUUAUCGAAUUACGGUAGACUAUUGAAUCAUUGAAGGCAGAUAAUCAUAGCCUUCGACAGACACAAAUGGCCCUUUUAGCAGAUAAUGAUAGCCUACGGCAGCAACAGUUGACCCUUGUAACACAGAUGCAGCAACUCUACCAGUAUUUAAGGAUGACCUUAGCGGAUACCAGUGGGACAGUCACCCCUAGGACACCUCGAGAUAUUUAGAUUUUUCAUAUUUUAAUUAAAUAUUUGUAUUGACU